CCCCGUCUUUCAAAAUUGGGUGUGUAGUGUAACAUUAACACAGGGAAAUAAAUUGCUUUUUCACUCGGUGGAUACUUUAAAACGUAACUUCAACUUUCAACUAUAUACAGCUCAACAAACACCUUCCUCGUUAAAGAAAAAGAAGAUACUCUGCAACAGCACCCUGCAUGGUUGGUGUGUUGUGCAGAGAUGACGAUGGAGGAAGGGGCACGGAGCUGUCUGCUGCGCUUUCGCCACAGACUGGAACAAGACAUCAAGCCCCCGUACCUGAUGGACCACAUGAUCAGUGAUGGUGUGAUGAGUGUGGAUGAGGAGGAGAGGAUCAGGACUCAGCCCACCAGGAAGGAACAGGCUGUGGCCAUGCUGGAGCUGCUGCUGAGGAAGGACAACCGUGCCUACAUCUCCUUCUACAACGCCCUGGUCAAAGAGGCAUAUGAUGAUUUGGCCAAUCUGCUUCAUGAUGACCUACCACAGAUCUCACCAAAUGCACAUAAGAACACCUCUGAUGGCUUGACAUCUUAUGUCCAGACGAUGCUAAGUGAAGGUGGUGUACCACAGAGGCCUGUGGUGUUUGUCAACCGACCAGAGCUUUUGAACCGGGUCAGGGAGAAACUCUAUCGGCUGCUGAAGGACCCUGGCUGGGUCACUGUCUUCGGGAUGGCUGGCUCGGGCAAAUCUGUCCUGGCUGCAGAGGCUGUCAGACACCAUGGGGUCAUUGAAGAAUGCUUUCCUGGAGGCAUCCACUGGUUGUCCAUCGGCCAGCUGGACAAACCAGACCUGCUGGUGAAGAUCCAGUCAUUGUGUUUCCGUUUGGAGCAGAGCCUGGACUCCCAGUGCCUCCACCGGCCUCCCAACUCUCUGGAUGAAGCCAAGGAGCGGCUACGCUUCCUCAUGCUGCGCAAAUAUCCAAGAUCUCUGCUAAUUCUAGAUGACGUCUGGGACAGUACAGUACUGAAGGUGUUUGACAUCCACUGUCGAAUAAUUCUGACCACCAGAAAUAGAAGCCUCACUGAUUCAGUUAGUGGUGCUAAAUAUGAGGUGGAAGUGGAGAGUGGUCUGGAUGAAAGCAAAGGACUGGAGAUCCUCGCUCUUUACACUAAAACUAAACCACAAGGACUACCUGAGGAAGCUCGCUGCAUUGUGAGAGAAUGUAAAGGCUCCCCUCUGGUCGUGUCCUUGAUCGGGGCUCUGCUCAAAGAGAAACCCAACCGUUGGCGUUACUACCUCUGCCAGCUGCAGCAGAAGCAGUUCAAGCGUAUACGAAAGUCAUCAUCUUAUGACUAUGACGCCCUGGACCAAGCCAUGGCGGCAAGCAUUGAGGUCCUGCCUGAUGAACAUCGAGAGCUCUACAAGGACCUCACUGUGAUAGAGAAGGACAUUAAAAUCCCUGCUAAGGUGCUGUCUGUUCUGUGGGACCUGGAGACAGAGGAGGUGGAGGACAUUCUCGAGGAGUUUGUCAACAAGUCCCUGCUUUUUGUAGACUGUCACAAUAAACCCUGCCUAUAUUACCUCCAUGACCUCCAGCUGGACUUCCUGGUGGAGCAGAACCGCACCCAGCUCGAGUGCCUUCACGCUAAAGUGGUGCAUCAGUAUCAGCAGCACUACAGAGAUGGUCCUCCCACCUCAGGAGAUGAAGAGUGUCUUUAUUGGAUCAGAUUUUUGACCUACCACAUGGCCAAAGCCAACCUGUCUCAGGAGCUCUACUCCCUCAUGUUUUCACUGGACUGGGUCAGCAUCAAGUCCCAGAUAAUGGGUCCAGCUCACCUCAUCAAUGACUAUGUGGAGUAUGGACCAAUUCUGGACAAAGAGAACAGUGAAGUGCGCAGUCAGUUCCAGGAGUUUCUGUCUCUGAACGGCCACCAGCUGGAGCAGCGUCCUUUCCCUGACGUGGUGCAGCUAGCUCUGUCUCAGCCACAAACCUCUGAGGUCUACAGACAGGCUCUGCAGCAGGCACAGGACGGCGCCAGCACAGGGAAACUCUACUUUGACUGGCUGAAUAAGAGCAGUGUAGAGAGUCUGUCUCGUCUAGUGAUCCACCCCCACCAGGGCCCUAUCUACUCUGCCUGCUUCUCCCACGAUGGAGCCAAGAUCGCCACCUGUGGAGCCAGCAAGACACUCAAGGUGUUUAAAAGCACCUCAGGAGAGAAACUCACAGAGAUCCAGGCCCACGACGAUGAGGUUCUCUGCUGUGCCUUCUCCCCCGAUGACCGUCUCCUAGCAACCUGCUCUAGUGACAGGAAAGUAAAGGUGUGGAAUGUGGAGCGCGCCAUGCUGCUGCGGGUGUUUGCCGAGGAGCAUGAAGAGCAGGUCAACCACUGUCAGUUUACAAACACAAGACGAAAAGUCCUCCUGGCCACCUGCUCCAACGACAAGGUCAUGAAUGUCAAGGUGUGGAACCUCAACAAGCCAACCUGCCAGAACACCAUGUUUGGCCACUUUGAGCCAGUCAACCAUUGUUGUUUCUCCCCUGAUGACACAUAUGUGUCCACUUCCUCCAACGAUGGCACUGUUAAGCUGUUUCAGGCGUCAUCUGGCAAUGAGUGGAAGACAAUCAAUGUGAGCAGCAUGUUCACAGAGAGCGAUGAAGAGGUUUUCGUCAAGUGCAGCACCUGGACUGCUGACGGCAAACACAUUAUAUGUGCUGCCAGGAACGCUGUUUUGGUGUUUGACGUGGAGACGUCGGACAUGUUGUUGGAGAUCAGAACGAAUCGCCUGAGCACGGUGCAAUAUUGUCACGCCUGUCCUACCAGUAAUCUGCUGGCCAUUGCAUUCUCUAACUACGCUGUGGAGCUGUGGGACCUGGAGGCUAAUAAAAAGAUGGCUGAUUGCAGUGGGCACCUAAGUUGGGUCCAUCGUGUUCAGUUCUCUCCUGACGGCUCGCAGCUGCUCUCCUGCUCUGACGACCAGACUGUCAGGUUAUGGGAAACUAAGAAGGUUCACACGUCCUCAGCCGUCUGCCUGAAGAGAGACUCCGCCGUUCUCUUCACUGAUGAAGAGAUCAUUGUAUCUGCUGCAGACAACUGCAAUAGACUGCAGGUGCGUGAUGGCAAGACGGGAUCCGUGUUGUUCCAGUCAGAAGAGAAGUCUUCUAGGAUUCGGUGUACCUGUAUGUGCAGGCAGCCUCCUGCAGUGGCUCUGGGCCAAGAAGACGGCACUGUACAGGUGUUGGAGGUGCCCUCUGGGAAGCUUCUGGCCACUCUGCUGGGACACACCAAGACGGUGCUGCACUGCCAGUUCAGCCAGAACGGCCAAACACUCAUCACAUCCUCCGAAGACACCACCAUCAGGGUGUGGAGGUGGCAGUCUGGGGAGGUUAGAGCGCUUCAAGGUCACAAAGAGCAGGUCAGAUGCUUCUCCCUGCUCUCCAGCUCACCAUCCGACACAAGACUCCUGUCCUGGUCCUUCGACGGGACUGUCAAGGUGUGGGAUGCAGAAAGUGGAGAGAAGCUACAGGACAUCGAGGCUCAUCAGGGAGCCAUUCUGUCCUGUCAUGUCUCACCAGACGGAUGCUUCUUCGCGACUACCUCUGCUGACAAGACUGCUAAGUUGUGGCACUAUGAGUCCUGGCAGUGCGUCCACACACUGAGCGGCCAUCAAGAUUGUGUCCGAAGCUGCCGAUUCUCCUGGGACAGCCGACGCCUCGCAACCGGAGAUGACAACGGAGAGAUCAGGCUCUGGAGUGUCAGUGAAGGCUCUUUGCUGAAGAUUUGUUCGCGAGACGGUAAAGACGGUAUGGACUCACUCCACGGAGGCUGGGUGACUGACGUGCACUUCUCCCCAGACAACUCUCUUCUGGUUUCUACUGGCGGCUAUAUCAAGUGGUGGGAUGUGGAGAAAGGCGAGGCGCUGCAGACCUUCUACCCAACGGGAAGUGCUUUGAAGAGAAUCCACGUGUCAUCCGACUUCUCCACCUUCGUCACCAUCGACAGCAUCGGCAUCCUCUACAUCCUCCAGAGGGUGGUGUGAUGGCAAUGCUACAACAUCAGUCCAAACCCAUCCAGCCAACCACUACAUUUUCAAAACUACAGUGUCACUGAAACUGUGUAUUAAAGUGGACGUGUUUGGUUGCAUUAAGGACAUUUUACAGACGGUUCAACUGUAAGCUGCGGUAUCCCAGAAUCGCACACACUGAGAUGCAGAGCUUGCUUUUCCACCACGCUCUCUCUACAUUAAGGCUGACACUAGUCAACAGCAUUACAGUAGAGCAUUACAGACACACACUUUCAGUUCUGUGGGAUCAAAUGACUCGGCUAACUUGAGUUGACCAGUUUAUACCAACUUUAAAUGAAAACUGCUUCAGUGACGAUCAACUGUUGAGAGUGUAGAUGCAACAUGAUAGUGUGUGUGUGUGUGUAUGUGUGUUUGUGUGUGUGUUAAGACCGUAGAUGCAAAUGCAUGCAAAAGGUGCAUCAGAUAGUAACAUGUUUACUUAAAAAAAAAAGCCAGCAAUGUUGUCGAUCAGGUCUUCACAAGUUGUAGAUCUAUCAAUCACUCAUACUGAAUAAAGAGGUAAAUACCAACAGGCUAAAGAUAGUGAAUCUUGCAUUAAGUUAAAUGUGAAUAAUAAAUGCUAAUUAUAAAUCCAUACUGCAUUAGGGCUGAACAUUAUUGCAUGUGACUUGAGAGGUUUUCCACUCCGCUGUCUGUAAUCGAUGUAAGAUAUCGUGCAUUCGACUUGUCUGUGCUGUGAUGUUUCUUGAACCUUCAUUUUUUUAAUACUUGUGUUUGUUUUCGUUACCAGCACAGAUAGAACUUCUGGUGCACUUUGAUAAGCAUUAAAAAUUGAUAGCAUGAUUAAGUUUUAAUCAGUACGCUUUUAAAAGUGAGUCCAAAAUCUUUUGAAAGCCUGUGUGUCUUUUUGUACAUCCAAACUAUUUGUACUUUUGAACUUAGAUCAAAGGUAAAUAUUUUCUAUAAAAAAAAAAUCACACCAUGUGAUUUAUAAUUUAUAAUCAAAUUUCUACUUGCAGAAGUUAAAGGCACUUUUUGUGCUUUAUUAAUUGCUUCAUUUUUUUUAAGCAGUUCUUUUUAAGUCUUUAUAACACAUUGUCAGACUAUGGAGCCUUUUCCUGUUCUGAGCACUUUGAAGCCGGAGUUACAAUCUUUCAUGAAGGUUUUGCAAAUGUGGCUUUGUUCAGAAAAUUAAAAAUGGAUUCUUACUUUGAUUUGACAAUACAGAUACCGAGAGUUUAUCCCCUCCACGUGCUGUAAUCUAUCACACCUAUUCAUUGCAGUGGGGAUAAUACAGUCUCCAGCUCCAGUAGGAGUAAUAAGCACACAAGGACAAAGUAAGGAUGAAUUUCAACGUUUCUGAACGAUGCUGUUUUCGUUUUCACACUGUGCUCUUCCUGACUGGUGCUUUUUCCCCGACUUCCUUCCUGUGUGGAGGUAUCUGUCAAACAUAAUUGUUGAAAUAUUGAUGUCUGCUCAGGAUGUAUUGAUACUGUUUACAAUGUGGUGCAAUGUGAGUGUAAUUUAUAAUUGAUUAAAUUACAUACUAUGAUUGUUGA